AGCGCCCCUGGCGGUAGUCUGAUUGGGCCAGUUUUGUGUUUUGUCAUUUUGUUUGUUUGGAAAUAAGAAGUUUUCUCGUGAAUUUUUGCAAUUUCUAGUGGUUUUCCCAACGCAAGGAGGGUGCGUGAAAAGUGCGUGAGUGAAUGCGGAGGUGGUGCAACAAUGAAUCGUGAAAUGCACUACGCGGGAUGGCUGGUAAAGUCUCCACCAACGAAGAGAAUUUGGCGAGCGCGCUGGCGACGUCGCUGGUUUACACUGAAACAGGGGGAGUUUCCUGGGCAAUACUUCCUGGAAUACUAUACGGAUAAGAGUUGCAAGAAGCUCAAGGGAACGAUUGAUUUGGAUCAAUGUGAACAAGUUGACGCUGGGUUGUGUAUGGAGAGGAAAUUUCAGCAUGUUUUCAAUGUUAAAACCCCAAAUCGGAUUUACUACCUCGCUGCGGAUUCCGAUGAGGAUAUGCGCUUCUGGGUGAAUUGUAUUUGCAAAGUUUGUGGCCUACAGGAUCUCUCAAAGGUCACCGAUGAGAGGCAAUAUUUCAAUGUAGGCCCAGGAAGCAUUGAGGAGGCUCCCCUGCCACUGGAUGUGACUGAUGUGUCCAAUAGGAACACACAGAAGAGUGCCACGAGAAGUAUUUCGACAUCCUUUGAGGAUAGAACAUAUCAGAAUGAUGAUAUUUUCGCCAAGAAGCUCGAGAGGCAGCAAAUGCAGAAAGCAGCAGCAGAUGCAAUGGAAUCUUAUUACAAUUUCAGCGCUAUUCGUGCUGAAGUGGAAGCAUCAGAGGCCAAACCACGUGCUACACAGGCGGUGGCUGCUGCUGCCACGGCGGAUGUGCCACCGAAGCACAGUCGUAGUCAAUCACUAAAUGAGAUGACUCACCGUGCAGCCGUGGCCACGGGUGCAGUGAAGAAGAUUCCGGAGAAUUUGAAACUCACAGAUGUGAGUCAAUCAUUGGGGGAUUGUAGUGAACCAUCCCCGUCGCUUAGCACCUGCUCCGGGCCCUAUAUUCCCAUCAGUGAAUGCUUUUCCGGGAGUCCUGUGCUGCUGGGUGAGACACCAGCCACCCCGCUGAAUAGCCUCGAUCCACGCUUCUACGAUACCCCACGGAGUCACAUUAAUAUUGGGCUAAAUCUCACGGAUGAGCAGCCGUAUUCACCCAAAAGGAACAACUGCACGGCAAAUCGUUCCCGGAGUGGCAGAUCGAGUCCGAGUGAUUCCGAGAGUGUCUUUACGGAUGACGAAUGGACCACAGCACAUCAUGAUGCACAGACACAGAGCUUAGAUCGACGAGCUCGUCCAUCGGAUAGUUCAGUGGAGAAUGAAACAAUUGGGUGGACGUAUGUGCAGAGAUUCUCAAAGGUCCCAGAUGAUGUACGCAACCAGAAUGCCACGUCGGAGGCUGUUGACAUUGUUCCCCCGCGUCCCCCGAAGCGCCUAAGUGGCCUCGUACUCGACGGAGUGGAAAUUCGCAACAAGGAAGUUCCAUCAUCGGACACGGACAAUGCUUCUCCGGCAAUUGGGCCGAAGGAUAGUUCGUGCGAUGUUGAGGAGAGCUAUGACAUCCCACGUUCGCACUGGAUGCCCUACUUUAGUGGCCAACGCAACAAUAGCACGCUCGCAUCGCCGAAACUCCUCACCACCACACCGGAUAUCCUGGCAUCGACACGAACACCCGAUGUGGUGUCUCAAGUUGAGAAGAUUGUCAAUAAUUCCCACUACUACACCAAUGCAGCCCCAGUUAGGGUGGAAGGGAAUGUCUUCCGGUAUGAUUUUAUGGAGCAAUCCGAAGCUCCGGCUGUCAAUAGGAAUCUCAAGCCACGCCUUAGCUCAGAAGCAACUGCUGCAGCUGAGCCAGUGGCCCAUGCAGCUCCCAAUGUGGAUAGAAAACUCAAGCCAACCACACCAAAGCUUGAUACAAAAUCCCUUCCACGGCGCAAGGAAGUUGCUGUUGCCCCCAAAUUGCGUCCCAGUGCUGCACCUUCUGCGGGGAAUGCAACAGUAGUUGAGGGUGGGAGUGAUGAAGACAUAACACCAACGUGCGAGCAACCACCUGCAUUGGUUAAAACACUCCGGAAUGACGAUAAGUUGCAGUAUUUGGAUUUGGAUCAUUCGAGUACGCCACAGCGGCAGCCUCCGCGGAAACUCAGUGCGUCCAGCAUUGGGAAUCUCUUUACAAUUCAACGACCCCCUGAGGUUGCUGCUGAGGCCGCCACGGGAGGCAGUGAACGGGGAAUUGUGUACAAAACGGUGGACUUUGUGAAGACGGAAGCCUUCAAGAUGGUACGGCAGGAUGCAGAGAUGAGUCGUGCUGCCAAUAGAUCCAAGGAUUGAGGAAUAAAUGAAAAGAAAAAAAGGAGAUAAAGUGCAAUUAAAUGAUUCGUAAAAAAAAGAGAUCAUUUACACGGAAAAAGUGGCCUUAAAUGUUGAUGCAGGAAAAACGAGAUUGCAGGAUUCACGAAGAUUUUUAUUUUCUUAUUUUUGUGAUGCGGAAGAGACAAUACAGUGAGGGGGAGUCAAUUAAGAAGAAGAAAAGAAAAGAAAAGGCCUUAAGAACUCUCUAUCAAUUAUAAAUAUUAAAAAUUCUAUUGAUGUUGAGCUGUAGAGCAUGAAACAGUUUGCAUUUUUCUUUAUGAAAAAAUUAAUCUAUUUUCAUUUAAAAAAAAUCAUUCUACAAUAUUUUUUAUACCACAGUUUAUUAUUUUAUAUUUGUUAAGACAUUAGUGAAUAAAAAAAUUUGUUGCCAUAUAAAUUCAUUUAUGCGCACAAAAUACAUUAUUAAAAUACAAAAACAUUAUUAUUGAAUAAUAGUCAUAUUUUAUUAAUUAAUGAAAAAAAGAGAAUUUGUAGAAGAAAAGUAAAUUGUUGACAUUUCUACAAUUUUUUUUAUCUCGAAAAGGUCAUAAAAAUGGAUAAAUUAGCGAUGGGUACAACGCUUUGUUCUCCAAUAUUAUUUUACUAAAUAAACUAUUGAAUAGCAAAAA